UCACCCAGCCUGACACACUCAGCCUUCCAGACCCACCUUGAACAUUCACCAUCACACAUUCCCCGGCACAGUUCCAUCACCCUCAGCUCUCGCCACCUCUCCCCAGCAAUACUGCCAGCCUUUCCCAGGUUCCCAGAGCUGCAGCCUUGCCCUGUCCCUUACCCCAAACCCACCAUGUCCCUUGGGCCACUGAAAUUCCAGGCAGUAGGUGAAGAGAAUGAAGAAGAUGAGGAGGAAGAGAGCCUGGACUCUGUGAAGGCACUGACGGCCAAGCUGCAGCUGCAGACACGACGGCCCUCAUAUCUGGAGUGGACAGCCCGGGUGCAGAGCCAGGCCUGGCACAGGGCCCAACCCAGACCUGGGCUGGGGGGUCCUGGGGCCCUCUGCGGCUUCGACUCAAUGGACUCUGCCCUUGAGUGGCUCAGACAGGAGCUGCGGGAGAUGCAAGCUCAGGACCGGCAGCUGGCGGGACAGCUGCUUCGGCUGCGGGCCCAGCUGCACCGGCUGAAGGUGGACCAAGCCUGUCACCUGCACCAAGAGCUGCUGGACGAGGCCGAGCUGGAGCUGGAGCUGGAGCCAGGCGCCGGCCUGGCCCUGGCCCCGCCGCUGCGGCACCUCGGCCUCACCCGCAUGAACAUUAGUGCCCGACGCUUCACCCUCUGUUGAGCGACACCUGCGCCUCCUGAGACCUCCUGGGAAGGGGAAGGGAGUGGUGUCCCGGAGGUGCCAGUACCUCGCAAAGAGUGGUGGGAGGGUUGAGGGGUUACUCAGCUCUCCAGAAGCAUAAA